AUGUUGAUUGGUGUGGCAUGUGCAUUGCAAUAUCUGCACUACGGUUUUUGGACACCAGUUCGUUGUGAUGUGAAGCCCAGUACUGUGCUCCUAGAUCAAGAUAUGGUUGCCCAGGUGAGCGAUUUUGGUGUUGCAGAGUUGCUGGGGCACGAGGACAGCAUUACGUACACCAGCACAUUAGCCACACUUGGCUAUCUUGCUCCAGCUAAAGCUUCUGCUUGGUUGGAAAAGACAAGGAAAGUAGAGAAGGAAAAAGAGCUCUUGGAUGUGUUUUGGAAAGUGGAGAUCAACAUUCCCCUGUUGGAUGCAAUCAAGCAAAUACCGAAGUAUGCUAAAUUUUUGAAGGACUUGUGCACCCACAAGAGGAAGCUAAGGGGAGAUGAACGAGUGGCGGUGGGAGAAAACGUGUCAACCAUGCUCCAAAGGAAACUCCCACCAAAAUGUGGAGACCCAGGUAUGUUCACCAUUCCCUGCAAGAUAGAAGGUGCUUCGAUUAGGAAGGCAAUGUUGGAUUUAGGGGCGUCAAUCAAUGUAAUGCCUAAAACAAUUUAUACGUCCCUUAAUCUUGGUCCAUUAAAAGGCACAGACAUUAUAAUCCAACUUGCAGAUCGUACCAAUGCUUACCCAGAAGGGUUAGUUGAAGAUGUUUUGGUGCAGGUCAAUGAGUUAGUUUUUCCUGCAGAUUUCUAUGUCCUAGACAUGGGGGAUGAAAGAGCACUAAAUCCGUCUCCUAUUUUGUUAGGUAGGCCAUUUGUAAGCACUGUUAGGACGAAAAUAGAUGUAAAUGAGGGUACUUUGUCGAUGGAGUUUGAUGGGAAAAUUGUGAAUUUUAAUAUUUUUGAUGCGAUAAAGUACCCAGAUAAGACUAACUCUGUUUAUGCUGUAAGUGUUGUUGAGCCCCUUGUACAGGAAAUAUUUGAAUUGGAUGGGGUUGAUGCACUGGCAGUGGCAUUAGCCAAACAUCUUGAGUUGGGAGCAACUCCUGAUGUAGAAUUGAGUGAUGAGUUAUACCGGGCUGUUGGAGCACUGCAUUCGCUCCCACCAAUUUCCCCAAGGUAUGAGCUUACUUCUCUUUUCAUACCAGAAACUCAAGCAAAAUUGUUGCCUUCUAUUGUGCAGGCGCCUGAGUUGGAGCUCAAGCCUCUCCCAAAGCAUUUGAAGUAUGCUUUUCUCGGAACAAUGAGACACUGCCAGUCAUCAUAUCUGCACACCUGUCACAAAGGCAAGAAGAUAGCCUAG